AAACGUAAUCGCUUAAAAUAAAAAACUACUCAUUAGGUUCAUAUUGUUUAUAGUCUGAAUUUGGUAGUAGUACUAUCAUUCAUUAUAGUGCAUCACUUUUAUUAAUCGUGAAUCGUGACCUAAUGAAACCCCUCCUUUUGACGUUGAAUGAAUUACUUGACUAAAAUUAUUUUAUUUUCUAUUCGCGAACCAUUAUUUUGUGAAUGUCAAUUGUUAAUCAAUAGUAGUUCACCAUCUGUAAAAAAUCGCCAGUAAAAAAUAUUCUACAAUGGACAGAGAUUCAAAAAAAUUAUUACACAAAGUUGUCGUCGACUUAAUAUGUCUAGGUUCAGUUGGAUUCUCAGUGUUAAUGUUUUACAUAUAUGGUUCACCGUAUGAAAGAGGAUUCUUCUGUGGUGAUGAAUCUAUUCGAUAUCCAUUUAAAGAAUCAACAGUUUCAUCUUUUAUUUUACACUUAAUUGGAUUAGGAUUACCAACAUUAGUAAUUAUAUUCAUUGAAUUUUCUAUGCGUAAUAAUGAACAAUCACGUUAUUCGAUUUUGGGAACCAACAUUCCAAAUUGGUUGUACUCCGUGUACAAUAAUUUACUAUGGUUUUUAUUUGGAGCUGCUUGUUCACAAUUGACUACCGAUAUUGGAAAAUAUACUAUAGGAAGAUUAAGACCCCAUUUCUUAGAUAUUUGUAAGCCCGAUGUGGACUGCAAUGCAGACAUAAACAAAACCAAGUACAUUGAGAAUUUCAAAUGCACCGGAGAAAUGUCGAAAAAGUUUAAAGAUAGUAGAUUGUCGUUUCCUUCUGGACAUUCUUCGUUGUCAUUCUAUUGUAUGGUUUAUUUAGCGUUGUACUUGCAAGCCCGUAUUAAAACAUCAAAGUAUGGGAUACCAAAAAGUUUUUUUCAAUUUUUAGUUAUCGUAAUGGCAGCGUAUUGUGCACUAUCACGAAUCAGUGAUUAUAAACACCACUGGAGUGAUGUAUUGGCUGGAACAUUAUUGGGAAUUACCGUUGCUACUCUAACUGCAUUAUAUGUAACGGAUUUAUUUGCUGCAAAGUAUAAAUCUCUUCGAAAACGUAAUUCUUCAACUGGAGACAUUGAAACUACAAAUAAUUUACAAACAACUGAACUCAAAUGAAUAAAUAUAUAUAUAUAUAUAUAUAGGUAUAUAUUAAUGAUGUUUCCCGAUUGCAGCUAAAUUAUAUUUGUUUUUCUUACAUUAAUACGUCCAUACUAUAUAAGAAAUUGAUGUUUGGACAAAUUUGAAAAGUAACA